AUGGCAGCGUACACGGUGGUGCUAAAACCUCGGUCGAGUGAGGAUGGAGUGGCAGCAGCUACGGCUGUGACUCAGUCGAAUGAAUCGACUCCGCUGCUGCUGAGCGCGCUGCUCCGUGAGGGGCGCGUGGCCGAGGCGCGGGCGCGCUCGAGGAUCGAGGUGGACGGCACCUUUCUAGGCCAUUCUGGCUUCCUCGCCGUCAACUCGACGUCCGGUCGAGUGAACCAGCUCUUCUUCUGGCUCCAGCCCUGCACCGACGGGUGCGACCCCAGCACCGCGCCAUUUAUCCAGUGGUUCAAUGGCGGACCGGGCUCGCCUGAUACCAUCGGAGCCCUCAACCAGAUCGGGACACACUAUGUGGACGCUGCAGGCGCCAUCGCGCCUCGCUGCUUCACAUGGUGCAGGGCGAGCACCUGCCUCUUUGUGGACAGCCCCGUUGAAACCGGCUUCUCGUACCAGGAGCUUCUCGACAGUCCCGUCGAGUACACCGCCACGAGCCGUGAGGCCACAGAGCAGGUGCUACAUCUGCUGCUCCAAAUUUACCAGAUCUUUCCCGAGUACCGGUCUGCGCCCUACUACAUCCACGGCCUCUCCUACGGCGGCCGGUACGUGCCGUACAUGGCAAAAGCGGUGCUGUCGCACAAUCGCGACCACCCUCACGAAGCCGUGGACCUGCGCGGCAUUGCGGUCGGUGACCCGAUCAUCGACAAUGCCGCGCAGAAUGCAAAGGUCGCGCCGGCCCUCGCC